GUGAGACACGCUGUGCACCGACGGAGCGGACAUGGGCAGAGCGAUGGUGGCCAGGCUCGGACUGGGGCUGCUGCUCCUGGCACUGCUCUUACCUACGCAGGUUUAUUCAAAUCAAACAACUGUUGUAACACCUUCAAGUAAUUCCUCCCAGCAUACCUCAGCUGCCCCCAAUCCAGCAAAUGCCACCACCAAGGCAAGUGACGGUGCUCUGCAGUCAACAGCCAGUCUCUUGGUGAUCUCGGUCUCCCUUCUACAUCUCUACUGUUAAGAGACUCAGGCCAAGAAACAUCUAUACUUCCCAUCCUCUAAACCCAAUUCAGAUGGCAUCCAGACAUCCAGUGUGACAAGGGAAAAACGAAAAACAAAACAGGUCUUCAUUGAAUGAAUCUGCUAGUUCCACACCUUAUUUUAUUGACAGAAACUGUUGAGGAUCCCAAAUUUGAUUGGUUUGAAGAGCAUGUGAAGGGUUUGACUAGAUGAAUGCCAAUAUUAAAUCUGCUGGAGUUUCCUGUACAAGAUGAAGAGAGACAACAUCCAAAAUUAGUUAAGAGAUGAUUUCCUUAAAUGUGGCUUAAGAAGUAUGGACACAUAAAACUCUACCUUGAAAGUGAGAAUAGAUUUUAUCUUACCUAGAGAUAAAGAAUGGGAUGUGGAACAGAGAUUCAGUUUUCAUUUGUUCAUUAAAUUUAUAAGGCCAUAAAACAAUGAGGCAAAACAAA